AGGCUUGGGUGACAGGCGAGGGGUGGGGGUAAGAGUUCAGCCUGACUCACAGUCUCAUUCACUGGUUUCCCCGCGGCCGGACCGCAGCCGCCUCCCCGGGCGUCGCCCCACUCCUGCCGCACCUCCACAGUCCCCACGCGCCGCCGCUCCACUCGCGGCCGGACCUCCUGACCAGCACACUCGCGAGUUGGCAUCUUUGCGCCCGAGGGUGUCGCAAGCGGAGGCGGCGAGGACGGAGCGCCUCUGGCCCAGGCAGCCGGGCGGUAUGCGGCGCGGGCAACAGCGCUAAGCGCCCCCACGCUGGGCACGGGGCGUACUCGCUCCAGGCGGCGGGCCGAGCGGCGGCCGGCGGAGGGGAUGCGCCCGGGACGCGCAAGGCUCCUGCCGCAAGCUAUCGCCCCGAGGUGGACCCAAAACAGGGCUCAACGUAGGACCGCGGGGACCCUUGCCCCCCGGGGCACGCGGUUGCAGAGUCUCGGGGCCGCAUCUGCGGUCAGGAUGCCCUGGGUGCCUCCCUGCUGGUGAGGAUGCCCUUCUGCGCGGCUCUGCAUCCCCAGCCCCGGUCCCUGGUAGGCACGACUGAGCGGGCCAGACUUCGGCCCCUGGUGCCGGUGGAUGAAAAGCGCCGGAGUCCCUGAGUGCGAUCCGCGAUCGAAUCUGAAUUCAAAGAGCCAUGGACGAAGGCACUGGACUGCAGCCCCAGUCAGGAGGACAGCUGGAAGCACCAGCCACAGCAGGAGCUGUCCAAGAGAAGUGCGAACCAGAGACCUUUAGGUCCAAGAGUUUACCGGUCCUGAACAGCGCCUCCUGCCGGCCAGACCUCAGUCCUGUGAGUACAGGCGCAAAGCCAGCUUCUGGCUGUACAGAUUCUUUGGGCCAUCAGGAGUCGAAACAGGGCCCAAGUGGGCUGGCCCCCAGUCCUUCUGCUCCGUCCACUUUGGCAGAGAUGGCAGGGCUCAUGGAAUGUAACCAUAGGGUGGAAGUCAGCAAAGCUGUGUCGGUGUCCUCCACGUUGGCCACGCUCCAGGGGAGAAGGUGCCUCUAUGUGGUCCUCACUGAUUCCCGUUGCUUCCUGGUUUGCAUGUGCUUCCUGACCUUCAUCCAGGCGUUAAUGGUCUCCGGCUACCUGAGCAGUGUCAUCACCACCAUCGAAAGGCGCUACAGUCUGAAGAGUUCUGAGUCGGGGCUACUGGUCAGCUGCUUUGACAUUGGGAGCCUGGUGGUGGUGGUGUUCGUCAGCUACUUCGGCGGCCGGGGUCGGAGGCCCCUGUGGCUGGCCGUCGGUGGACUUUUCAUUGCCAUCGGGGCUGCCCUCUUUGCUUUACCUCACUUCAUCUCGCCUCCUUACCAGAUCCAAGAGUUGAAUGCCUCGGCCUCCAAUGAUGGCCUGUGUCAGAGUGGCAACUCCACGGCCACGUCGGAGCCUCCUGCCUGCCUGAAGGACUCAGGAGGAAAUAAUCAUUGGGUCUACGUGGCUUUAUUCAUUUGCGCACAGAUUCUCAUCGGAAUGGGUUCCACACCUAUUUAUACCUUGGGACCAACCUACUUAGAUGACAAUGUCAAGAAAGAAAACGCAUCUUUGUACCUAGCCAUCAUGUAUGUCAUGGGAGCACUUGGACCGGCAGUGGGAUAUUUAUUAGGUGGACUUCUCAUUGGUUUUUAUGUCGAUCCCAGAAAUCCUGUUAACCUUGAUCAGAAUGACCCUCGUUUCAUUGGAAACUGGUGGAGUGGAUUCCUCCUUUGUGCCAUUGCAAUGUUUCUUGUGAUAUUCCCAAUGUUUACUUUUCCAAAAAAGCUUCCUCCUCGACACAAGAAAAAGAAAAAGAAAAAAUUUUCUGCUGAUGUUGUUAAUGAUGAUGAUGAUGUUAUGAAGGAGAAAUCAAACACUAGUGAACAAGUGGACAAAAAAGUUUCUUCUAUGGGAUUUGGAAAGAAUGUCAGAGACCUACCAAGAGCAGCUGUCAGGAUCUUAAGCAACAUGACAUUCCUUUUUGUGAGUUUGUCAUACACAGCUGAGAGUGCCAUUGUAACUGCUUUCAUUACCUUCAUUCCCAAGUUCAUCGAGUCACAGUUUGGUAUCCCAGCCUCCAAUGCCAGCAUCUACACUGGUGUUAUUAUUGUCCCCAGUGCUGGUGUGGGUAUCGUCCUGGGAGGCUACAUUAUAAAAAAAUUGAAACUUGGUGCAAGAGAAUCUGCGAAACUAGCCAUGAUCUGCAGUGGUGUGUCUUUAUUGUGUUUUUCAACCCUGUUUAUCGUUGGAUGUGAAAGUAUUAAUCUAGGGGGCAUCAACAUCCCUUACACAACAGGACCUUCUCUCACCAUGCCUCACAGGAACCUGACAGGGAGCUGCAAUGUUAAUUGUGGCUGCAAAAUACACGAGUAUGAGCCAGUCUGUGGAUCAGAUGGAAUUACAUACUUUAACCCCUGUCUGGCUGGCUGUGUUAACAGCGGUAAUCUUAGCACUGGGAUAAGGAAUUACACAGAAUGCACGUGUGUCCAAAGCCGGCAAGUGAUCACUCCGCCCACAGUGGGCCAGCGCAGUCAGCUCCGUGUCGUUAUUGUCAAAACCUACCUCAACGAGAAUGGCUAUGCUGUGUCCGGAAAGUGUAAGCGGGCCUGCAGCACGCUGAUCCCGUUCUUAGUUUUCCUUUUCAUUGUCACCUUCAUCACAGCGUGUGCCCAGCCAUCAGCCAUCAUAGUAACACUCAGGUCGGUAGAAGAUGAGGAGAGACCUUUCGCGCUGGGGAUGCAGUUUGUUUUGUUGCGAACACUUGCGUACAUUCCUACUCCAAUCUACUUUGGCGCAGUCAUUGACACCACCUGCAUGCUCUGGCAACAGGAAUGUGGGGUGCAAGGCUCUUGCUGGGAGUACAACGUGACCUCAUUUCGUUUUGUCUAUUUCGGUUUGGCAGCCGGCCUCAAGUUUGUUGGCUUUAUUUUUAUUUUUCUGGCCUGGUACUCCAUUAAAUACAAGGAGGACGAGCUGCAGAGGCAGAGGUGGAGAGAGUUCCCUCUGAGCACCGUGAGCGAGAUGGUGGGCCACUCGGACAGCGCCGACAAGGAGGCCCGGACUCAAUCCUGCCCAGCCUUCGGCAGCCAGGGGGAGGCCCUCGAAGAGCCUGGCCUGCGGAAGGGCCUCCACUGCACAGCACAGACCUACCCGGGGCCCUUCCCCGAAGCAAUAAACUCCUCCCCGGACCCGGGGCUGGAAGAAAGCCCAACUGCCAUGUAGCCUCCCUCCUGAAGCUUGAGAACGGAAGACUUUAGUUUUGUUGGUUGAGUUGAAUAUGGCAACUUGAGAAACACC